AUGGCCGUUGGCGAGUGGAAAGAUGAGACUAACCUCACAACUGUCGAGGCCCUGCACAAGGAUCUGAGCUAUCCUCCCAGCGGUUACCACGACCCGGCCCUCGAGUCGACAGAGCAGGAGAUCUUGCAGCACUACAAGGACUGGGCGUACUUUGCCAACUUCAGAUUCAAGGUUGACGCGAACGAAGGUCACAAGUUCUACGACCUGGACCAGGUGCUCUACUACGAUCUCAUGGGCAUUGUGACCCGCGGAAGCUUUGGCCCCCAUUUCGACCGCAUCGGGCCAUAUUUUGCCAACGCCCACAUUGCGUACAAGGAUCUCGAGGUGUACGCCACCUCGCCGACUUCGGGCUGGUCCAGCAUGGUGCAGAGAUACUGGGGCACUUCGCAGGACGGCGUUGACUUUGACUUUACCUUCCGCAUUACGGGCAUCUUGCAGAAGAAGGACGGCCAGUGGCGCUUCGUCCACGAGCACGUCUCGUUCCCUGUGGACAUGAAGACGCGGCAGGCCGAUUUCGCAUGUGGCCUGGAGGCGAGCGUGGCGCUGUACAUCGGCAAGGACCGAGAGCAAGCUGAGAAGGACGGCAAGGCGUAUUAA